GUCGCUUCGUAAGCACGAGAAAACUCAUGAUCAGCGAACACCGCAUCCUCUACCACCACCGGUUCAUCAUAUGGCAAAUAGCAUGCACAUAAGCUUUGCUACACCGAAUCGCAUGUUCUCGACGCCACAACCUCAAUCCCAGCAUCUCUAUCAACAGAGGCCCCCGGCUUUUGAUAAUGUGUCUAAUCCAUUGUCUGGUGGUCCUUCUCGUGAUCUCAGAUCUGGUCCGCCGCCACCCCAGUCGAUUCACCCUCACCAGCUUCCUCCCGUGCAUCAACUUCACCCACCAUCACCCGUGGGCCCAUCUCCAUCGUCAAGCAAUUCAUUUGGAUUUUCCCAAAAUCCUCGAUUGAUGCCCCAGCCGCCACCACAGGCGCCGCCGCAACACCCCGGACAACAUAAUAACAUGAACUACCAUUACCAUUCUUCUCAUCCUGCUGCAUUACAACCUCCACCACUGAAUCAUCACCGCCCUGAAUUGGUUCAUCAUCCUCGGGCUCCAUCCUUCGAUGGUACACAGAAGGGAACCCCGCAACCUCCAUCACCGUCAUCUCACUUCUUUGCACAUCCUCAUCCAUCUCAACCACAAGUCGCGGCUCCGUCAAGUCGUCCGGCUACCUCAUCAACUAACAAUUAG